GCAAGACAUCAACGUCUCCCAGAGCUGCCAGCCUGCUAUAGAAGGGACUGACUGACUGACUGAUGUGCCCAUCUGGGGACUUGGGGCAUCUGGUCAGGAAUGCCCAAUAGCUCAGAGGAGCCACAGUUGGGGUCAUGGGGAAAUGGCUGGGUCCCUGGUCUCCCUGCUGUCUGACCCUGCCGCUCAUCCCCCUCUUCCCGUGAUUGAGCCAGGGCCUCUCAAGCCUCUUUGGCUACCCCUCCCUGCCUGUGCAGGUGCCCAGUCAGAAAUCCAUCUGCUGAGGAAGUGGUAGAUGCCACAGAACUGCCAUUCCGGCCACAGACACCCUCUACCUCCUCCUCGCCCUGCCCCACUCCCUUCACUCUGUAAAGACAGAAAUGAGCCAGGCAGAUGCUGCCCUGACUGGGGAGCCACAUGUGAGAUUCUUACAUGCAGAUGCCUGCUGUAGCCCAGCCCACCAACCAGGACUUCACCCUGCAGCAAGAGGGGCCAAGAAGUGCACAGCAGUCUCCAGGUAUCUCGGCCUCUCUGCGAACAGGACAUUGCAUGUGAGGCACAUGCUGAUUCAGCAGACAGCAGUUGCUCAACCUACGUUUGUCACUUAGUGUGUGGCCUCCAGCAAGUUACUUAAUACAUCUGAGCCUUAAUUUCCUCAUUGCCGAAAUGUCAGUGAGGAUGCAAAAGAUAGGGUCAGGCUGUGUAAGCGCGGAGCUGCCCGGACCAUGGUGGGCAAGGAGCCAGGAGCCAAAAGGCCCCUUGAAUGUAUUUCCAUGUCUAUAGUGUGACCCCUAAAGAGCAUUCCUCAGCCUGGUUACAGCAUUCUUUCCCAACGUGACAUUACAUGAGUGAGAAGAUACUUCCCAUAAUUCAUACUCAUGCCCCAACAGAGUGCUCCAGCAGCAAGGCAGGUGGGGUGGGAUGGGGGAAAGACACAGGACAGGAAGCAAAGCUUUAAGGAGCAUGUGACCUCCCUAGGGAGCACACUGGGGGCCUGCCACCCACACUCGAUGUGACAAGCAGUAAAGCCGGCUAGAGCCCUUGUGGACUGCUGCCUGGCGGCCGUGCUGUGGGCCUGCGUCAGUCUCUAACCUUAAAGAGUGGUCAGGGAAGGCCUCAGGAAGAAGCGGCCACCCGUGGCAGGAGAGCAGUGGUAAGGGUACCCAGAAGGGACUGAGCUGAAGAAGUACAACUCGGGAGGUAAAGGCAGGAACACACAAGAGUGGAACGGCCCAGACUAGACUGACAAGGAAUAAUGGGGUUGGUGGACAGUCAGGGUGGGCCCAGGUCGGGUAAGGAUGGAGAGGAGGAAGUGAACUUUAGAAAUAUUUCUGGUUGGGCUGGGAGUGUAGCUCAGUGACAGAGCAAUUGCUUUAGCAUACCCAAGGCCCUGGAUUAAUCCAGUAUUUGGCUGGAGAGGCGUGUAGGCCUCAGAAUGGCAACCAGGAGUUUAGUAAUCUGGGGAGAAGAGGGGAGGGUCCAAGGAUAGGGCCAGGGCUGUACAGUUCCCAUCCUCGGGAUGCACAGCCGCCUGGGGAUGGGGGAGGGUUCCGAGCUCGUGACUCAGGGCAUCCAUCCUGUGGUCAGACACUCACAACCAGCUGAUCCAGGUGCAUGCGCAAGAGGCAGUGGCCCCCAGUGGCCUCAAGCUCCCGGUGGGCAGGUGUGGCCUGGUGGAACAGCCAGAACCCGAAGGGAGAGAUUGGUCCUGACUACCCCUUCAGUGAAGACCAGGCUCCCCUCCCCCUGGCCCUGCAGCUGUCUCUGGACAGGGGAAGUGGCCAGAAGGGGAAGUGAGAGGAUCCUGUCCAGCCUGUCAUCAGUCUCCGUGGGGCUUCAGAACAGCCGUGGCCAUGGAGUCUCUGGAGACCCCUGUCAAGGACGGCAUCCUAUACCAGCAGCACGUGAAGUUUGGCAAGAAAUACUGGCGCAAAGUGUGGGCUCUGCUGUAUGCAGGAGGCCCAUCAGGCGUAGCUCGGCUGGAAAGCUGGGAUGUUCGUGAUGGUGGCCUGGGGGCAGCAGGCGACAGAGCCACAGGGCCUGGCCGGCGAGGCGAACGUCGGGUCAUACGCUUGGCUGACUGUGUGUCUGUUCUGCCUGCGGACUGUGAGAGUUGUCCCGGGGACACCGGUGCCUUCCUGAUUACCACCACUGCACGAAGCCACCUGCUGGCCGCCCAGCACCGCCAGUCAUGGAUGGGCCCCAUCUGCCAGCUGGCCUUCCCGGGCACCGGAGAAUGUUCUGGAUCAGGACAGGCUGAGACUCCAAAAAGGGGCUUUGUUCCCAUGGAGGAAAACACUAUCUACUCUUCCUGGCAGGAAGUGAGUGAGUUUCCAGUGGUAGUGCAGAGGACAGAGGCCACCACCCGCUGCCAGCUGAAAGGACCCUACCUCCUGGUGCUGGGCCAAGAUGACAUACAGCUCCGGCAGACUUCCAACCCCCAGGCCUGUUACAGCUGGCCCUACCGUUUCCUGCGCAAGUUCGGCUCUGACAAGGGCGUGUUCUCUUUUGAGGCUGGCCGCCGUUGUGACUCGGGUGAGGGCCUUUUUGCCUUCAGUAGUCCACGUGCCCCAGACAUAUGUGGAGCUGUGGCUGCUGCCAUUGCCCGCCAGCGGGAACGUCUUCCAGAGUUGGCCACGUCCCCACCCUGCCCAUUGCCUCGGGCCCUCUCCCUGCCCUCCCUAGAGCCCCCUGGAGAGCUUCGGGAGAUGGCCCCAGGAUUUGAGCUGGCCACUUCCAGAAAGCUGCCUAUGACUGACCCUGGGCCUCAAAGCCUGCCAUUGCUGCUCAGUCCCACGCAAGAAGGAGGAACAGUAUCCAGUCUCUAUGCGUCCGUGUGCAAGCAGACCAGCAGGCCCACAGCUACUGUGGAGCACCUCUAUGAGAACCUGUGCAUGCUGGAGGCCAGUUCUGGGCUGUCCAAUGGGGGUCCUGAGUCCCAAGAGGGCCCUCCUGGUGGCCACAGCCCCCUGGCCAGCCCCAUCUAUCACAACAGUGAGGACCUGAGUUGGCCUGGCUCAGCCCAGAACAGCAACCUGGAAGCCCAGUACCGGAGGCUGCUAGAGCUAGAGCUAGAUGAGGCUGGAGGAACUGUCCGCUCUGGUGCACAGACAGGCAUUAAGGCCAAGCUGGUGACCCUGCUGACUCGGGAACGGAAGAAGGGCCCUGCUCCCUGUGACCGGCCCUGAAGGCCUGUGCAGUGGCAGCAGGACAGAGGUGAUCUCCCAGGAACUGGAGGGAGCAACUUCAGAUAUAUUUCCUGUCUACUCUGACCUACAGGGACAAGCUAGGCAGCCUGGGAAGAAGCCGCAUGCUGCCCUACCCACUCCCAGCAGACAGUGUACAGAUUGACCAAUAAUAAAGCUUGCCUACCAGC